AUAGCAUACAGUAUGUAUUCUACUUGAACGAAAUACUGGAAUUCUUCUGAAAUGAUUUAGAAUUAAACUCUGGAGAAUUAUUCUGAAUUCUGGACAUGGUUAAAGAUGGGUGAUGGAGAGCUCUUCCGUGGAAAGUGACUUGCAAAACUUUCAUAAAGAAAGGAAGCUUUAUGCAGUUGAUUCUUUGAACAACUUAAAUGAACAAAAUCUUUGUGCAGAUCGAUAUCGGCACGCCGCAGUCUGGGAAGAGAACUUACACAGUCGGAGGUGUUUGACAAUUCAAAACAGCAUGAGGUGCCAAAGCUGGUUCUUUGUCACAUUGAUCAUUACUUUAAUUGUCAGCUUGGCACUAGUUUCUUUUGUAAUAAUCUUAAUAGUUCACACUGGAGACAAGAUGGAUGAAGUGUCAAGAAAAAUGGUGCUAGAAAAGAAGAGCAUUGAAGAUCUUAAGGAAUUAAACGACAUGAUUUUGCAAUACCUUAAUCAGACAGAAUGGAUGGGGAGUAUAGGAAACUUCAGCACAAAGCAAGCAAGGGAACCACAUCCAGGCUAUUGACUAAGGGAAUAUUGAGCAGCUGGAAGGAUCAGGAGAGUGUGUAAUUUUUGCAAUAAAAUCCACUCUCAGUAUA